AUUCCCCUCUUCCAAAUGUUACCUCUCUCAAUAUUACUUUGUAUAACAACUCUCGCUCAAGCUCAACUCUCUCCUUCUCCCACCUUCAACCCGCCUCCCCCGGACGCAGGUACAACACCAGCACCACGGCAGACCAUACCCAAUCAACAAUGGUCUAACCUCCUUGGCGACCUCCUCUACUUCUAUGAGGCACAGAGAAGCGGGCAGCUACCAUCGGAUAACCGGGUGUCCUGGCGGAACAGUAGUGGCUUGCAGGAUGGGGACGACGUCGGGUUCGACUUGACAGGAGGGUACUAUGACGCCGGAGACUACAUCAAAGCCUCAUUCCCACUGUCAUGGGUUCUCACGAGCGUUUGCUGGGGUGCCACCGUAUUCGGGCAAGGCUACGACCUUGCCAACCAGACUGCAUAUCUGGAUGAAAUGCUGAGAUGGGGACUUGACUGGAUGAUUAAGGCCAACCCGGACAAUAGCACACUCUUUGUUCAGAUCGGCGAUGAUGCGAUCGACAACAACUAUUGGGGUGGCGAUACCAAUAUUCCAACACCACGUCCAUCAUUCCAAGUUAACGAUACCAACCCUGGCACGGAUGCCACGGCACAAGCCAGCGCCGCUUUCUCGUCAUGCUCUUUCCUCUAUUCUGGCGGGGUUCUCAACACGACCUCAAGUGCAACGGCCCCGACUGGCAUAGCCAAUCAGACGUAUGCAAAUACGUUGCUCCGCCAUGCGGCCGGAUUGUGGGACCUCAGUGUCCAUGCCAGUGGUGGAAUGACCGAAUACAGUGAUACUGUGCCCGCAACGGCUGACGCAUAUGCGAGUUCUGGAUACGGCGAUGACUUAAUCCUUGCAGCAUUGUUCCUAUCACUAGCGACAUCAUCACCUUCCACAUAUCAGCAGGCCCUUUUUUACUAUUCCCAAUACAAGCUUUCAGGAUCCAACGGUGUUCUCAACUGGGAUUCGAAGGCUCCAGCUGUCUAUACGCUGCUGGCUGAAAUGGCGCUAGCUCGCCCAUCGUGGGCUGGGUCUAAUUUGAUCGGGUGGCAAAAAGAAGCGGAACGAUGGAUGGACGGGGUAUCGUCUGGUGGUAGAGGAGGCGCAUACAUGACAGAUGGCGGACUCUUAUAUUGGCCCGGAGAUUCCGAUUCUGCAUCGCUCAACCCGGCACUCAAUGCUGCCAUGGCACUGGCACAUUAUGCCCCGAUAGCCUCAACAUCGGACAAGGCCGACACAUACACCAACUUUGCCAUCUCGCAACUCAACUAUACUCUUGGAGACAAUCCAAUGUCAGCGGUUUAUGUGGUUGGCAUCAAUCCGAAUUCUCCCAAUCGUGUCCAUUCGGGCAUGGCCAGCGGGGGCAACAACAUCAAUGCGAUUGAUACCGAUCCCAAUGGUCCUGAUCUGCAUGUACUGUACGGAGCUGUAGUCGGUGGACCCGAUAAUAAGGAUAGGUUCUGGAAUUUCCGAUCAGACUAUAUCGAAUCAGAACCUGCACUUGACUACACGGCCCCACUCCUCACCCUGGCCGCGUAUUCAGUAAUGAACAAUCCGACCGACCCGUACUUCACUGCUCUCCAAGCAGGCGCAUAUACGCUACCUCCGGGUCAUCCCUGCGACGAUGCUUGGCCUUGCCACUCUGGUUUGUCUGAAGGUGGGAAGAUCGCCUUGGGUGUCGUCAUUAGUGUGGUUGGGACGGUGCUGGUUGCAUGUAUCGUAUGGUUCGUAUGGAGGAUGCGCAGCAGGAAGCGGUAA